CUGCAACUUUAGUUCUUCCCCUUUUCUAGUCAUCAAGCAGUGGGAAUUGAUGAGGGUUGAAAUUGUAAUCAAACUCAAAGGUUUGUGCAAUUAUGUAAUUUCAUUAAAAAAUAAUUUACUUAAUUGCAAUUUUCCAAUAAAAGGGUAAGCAGGAGGUACAAUGAGAAGAGCCACUAGGUAAGACCUUUUAUGGGUUUCUCUGAUUUGAAAUAAGCACAAAGCUGAUUAAAAAAAAGAAAAGAAAGAAAAGGCACAAAUUUUGAUCUUCUGUGCGAAGGACGCCUAAACUUUCCUUAGUGCCUAACCACACCUCAUCUCCUCUCUCUCUCCCUUCUUGGUGAUAGCUCCGAGCUUUGAAAGAGAAAAAUAAAAGAGCAAAUCAGAAUUUCAGGCCCCCAACGUCCAUUGAGUUUGAAUGGAAGCAAUAAGAAAACAAGCUACAAAGCUUCGAGAACAGGUCGCCAGGCAACAACAGGCUGUUCUCAAACAGUUUGGGGCAAGCGGAUAUGGAGGUGCAGACGGUGUUAUUACUGAUGAGGCAGAACUUCAUCAACAUCAGAAACUUGAGAAGCUUUACAUAUCAACACGCGCUGGAAAGCAUUUCCAAAGGGAUAUUGUUCGUGGUGUUGAAGGCUACAUUGUCACAGGAGCCAAACAAGUUGAGAUAGGAACGAAGUUGUCAGAGGAUUGCAGGAAAUAUGGUGCUGAAAAUACAUGUACUAGUGGUAAUACAUUAUCAAAGGCUGCAUUAAAUUAUGAACGUGCUCGCGCUCAGAUGGAGAAGGAGCGUGGUAAUCUGCUGAAAGCUCUUGGUACACAGGUUGCAGAGCCAUUAAGAGCAAUGGUUAUGGGAACCCCAUUGGAAGAUGCUAGGCAUCUUGCCCAACGUUAUGACAGAAUGCGACAAGAAGCAGAAGCUCAGGCUAUUGAAGUUUCCAAACGCCAGGCAAAAGUGAGAGAAAUGCCAGGAAGUCCCGAGCUUGCUAUGAAAUUGGAAGCUGCAGAAUCAAAGCUGCAAGACCUGAAGUCGAACAUGGCAGUAUUAGGGAAGGAAGCAGCUGCAGCAAUGGCUGCUGUUGAAGCUCAACAACAGAGGUUGACGCUCCAACGACUUAUUGCUAUGGUUGAAGCGGAACGUGCUUAUCAUCAGAGAGUUCUUCAGAUACUUGAUCAGCUUGAAAGUGAGAUGAUAUCUGAACGACAACGGAUUGAAGCACCUCCUCCCCCAAGUGUGGAGAAUAGCAUGCCUCCUCCUCCCUCAUAUGAAGAAGUAAAUGGUGUAUAUGCUUCUCAAUCACAUAAUGGCUCAACAGACGGCAUGGGUUACUUCUUAGGCGAGGUUAUACAUUCAUAUCAAGCUGAAUCCAAUGUAGAGCUCACUUUGUCAGUUGGUGAUUAUGUCGUUGUUCGGAAGGUGACAAACAAUGGCUGGGCCGAAGGAGAAUGCAAAGGGAAAGCAGGUUGGUUCCCAUUCGGAUACAUUGAAAGAAGGGAGCGUGUUCUAGCGAGCAAAAUAGCUGAAGUUUUUUAGAGUUUCUGCUGGAUUGGCUUGUGAGCUGAAAGAUUUUGCAUGCUUGAUCUGCUCCUCAUAUGCUCAAAUGUGGAGCGAUAGAUGGUCACAAAUCGAAUGCCAUGCUUUUUGUGAUAUAUGGAUGGCAACAUUUCCUUGUGUUGUUAUUAAUAUAUGAAUGUAUUAUUUGUUGAUUUUUUUUUUUUUUUGUGCAAGGAUGUGAUAAAAGAUUUUGACCUAAAUUGUUGAUAUUGUGAAUGAUGAUUGAAGAAAGAAACGCCUUUCACCACCA